AUGUCACAGAUUCGAAUUCGACUGCGGGAUAUGGACACUGCUGGUCCCUUACAGAGUGUACCUGUAGGAUCAGGUUACUUUGAGAUCACUUGCAAUGUCAAAUUGAUGAAUAACAGAUCGGAAAUCCGCUGGACAAAAGAUGGUCAACCAUUUAACAUCGAUCCAAACAACCGUGAUGUCUAUUUCUCUGCCGAUAGGAGAAAGAUAAUUUUUGAAAAUUUGUCUCCGGAGGACAAUGGCAUUUACACAUGUCACGUCAAUGAUCCUUACGUCACAUCCGCUUCCACAGACCUCUUCAUUGAGAAUCCGAAUGACGCUAUGGUGGUAUACAUGCCUCAGAAAAAGAAUCCCGUGGUUGGCAGCGUGUUAGAACUUCGAUGUGACGUCACCUCAAGUGAGCCUAAUGUCCGGCUAACCUGGACUAAAAACGGCAAACGACUGACACCCAGUGACCGGGUCACAAUGGAGCGGGGUAACACACUUGUCACCAUACGCAACAUCACAAUCGCUGACAACGGCCAAUAUAAAUGCAUUGCAAAUGGUGAUCCAUCAACUGCAGUUUCCACUUUUGUCAAUGUUCAUUCACGAGGUAAAUACAUUGUUUUGUCAUGUACAGGGCCAAGAGAGGAGAAGACAAUAACGUCGGGAUACUUCGAGAUUCAUUGUAAUUUAUCUUUGAAUUCACCUGGUGUAUCACGAAUAACUUGGUUGAAAGAUGGAGAGACCUUUAUACUGCCCUCAAACAGACCUGUGUAUUUUAAAAACAACAAGAAAACCAUUGUAUUUACAUCCGUGGCUCCAGAAGAUAAUGGCCAGUACACCUGUAUUGUUGACAAUCAGUAUCUUGCCUCGGCAACAACAGAUCUUUUUAUAAUGAAUAAAGAAAAUGCUGUGGUUGUAUACGAGCCGGAGACGUUGAAUCCACUUCUUGGAACCCGUCUUGAGUUGACAUGUCAGAUUACUACAACUAACCCAAAUAUCCGCUUGACUUGGCUGAGAAAUGGAGUCCCUCUGGAGCAAACUGCUGAUGGAAGAGUCCAAUUUCAAAAUUACAAUCAAUUAUUAGUGCUUGAUCCAGUUGAGAUGAUAGAUAAUGGAACAUACACCUGCCAGGCCAAUGACCGUCAGAGGACAUCAGUAUCAACUGUAGUUAAUGUCCACGAACGCGAUGAGAGCAGAACAGUACUCACUUCGAUGUCAUUAUCUUCUGGAUCCACAUUUGUCAAAAGUAACUCCUUAAAUGAAGUGAAUAUCAGAUCAGGAUACUUUGAAAUUAACUGUCUCCUGGAUGAUGACAAAUCCGAGGUUUUUUGGGCAAAAGAUGGAGAAUUGUUUACACCACCGUCUGACAGAGCGAUAUAUUUUACCAACAAUAAGAGGAAGAUAGUUUUUGAGGGACUGAGAUCUGCAGACAGUGGCCUGUAUACAUGUGUGGCCAAUAAUCAACACUUGUCUGCUGCAUCUACAGACAUCUUUCUGGAGUCUAAUAUGGAUAAUGCAAUGGUAGUAUAUGUACCUCGCCGAUACAAUCCCAUCGUCGGGAGACGUUUAGAAAUCAAGUGUGAUACCAGGUCGACAAAUUCCAAUCUGAAAGUGACAUGGUUCAAAGAAAAUAUUCCUCUAAAUCCAAGAGACAAUCCGAAUCUAAGCUUCUUGGAGAAUGGCCGAAAGUUAGUAUUCAACUCUGUCAAUAUUGGGGACCAGGGAAAAUAUAUGUGUGCAACAGAUGACCCUAACAUAGCUGCCUUGACAAUGUACAUACAACCGCAUGCUAACGAGGCCGCCAGACAACGGUAUUUUGGAUUCCUUGGAGGCAGACCAGCGGUGGACUCAACAGUCCGAGUAGUGUCUGGAGUGGUGAGCCUUCAGUGUGAUGUAGCGAACGGUGCCACAAAUAUUGCUUGGUAUAAGGAUGGUGUACCUUUAGACAGCAGUGUACCAGGAGCUUCCUUUGAAGAUGAUUACCAAACAUUAGUCCUAUCCCAGUUUGGACAAUCUAGUGAAGGAAACUAUAUGUGUUUAUCAGAAGGUCCGAGCUGGCGCUCUUCAUCCAAAGAACUAACCUAUAUUAGUCCAGUUGAGGCCGGUUUGACAACAAAACUAAUGAAAAUGUAUCCGUUGUUUAACUCGGCACUGGAAAUUAAAUGUGGUAUUCCGGGACUACAGCCUGGAGACACCAUUACUUGGGAAUUUGAGGGUCGAUCUAUAAUGCCAGAACCCGAUCGAGUCAUGUUCUUGGACGAUGAUAGAACCUUAUGGAUCAGUUCUUUUAAACCUACAGAUAUUGGAAGUUACUCUUGUAGUGCUAAUGGUUUUAGAUGGUCAGUUUAUGCAAACGGAUAUUACACUGCAUCACAAAGGAAUCGUGCUCUAGGAAAUCCUAUAUUUCUGAGACCACUGAUGUACGGUCCACAAAGACAAAUACGCUUUGGAAUGCCAAUGAGAUAUCCAGUAAUGGCGGGAAGAGUGGAAAUUAUAUGCGGAAUCCGAAAUAAUCCUAACACUGUUGUUCGUUGGUUAAAAGACGGCCGGCGAAUUCGUAGACCUCAGCCCACCUAUUAUAUGUAUAAUGGCCUGGUCCUUGUAUUGAUGGAUUUUUCUGCCUCUGAUAAUGGCAUAUAUACUUGUGUAGCUAGUGAUGGAACAAUGUCGUCUUCCUCCACCAGACUACAAUUCCAAAACCCUGAGGCUGCAACAGCAACUUAUGAUCCACCUAAGAUGAAUCCAGUCAUUGGAGAAAAGGCAGAGGUAUUAUGCAACAUUCCAAACCUACCUCCAGGUGUAACUCUAAACUGGCAAAAGGACGGAGAGCCGUUUGAUACUCCUAACGAGAGAGUUAAGUUCUACGAUAAUAACCGUAAAAUUGAGUUCAGCUCCGUAUAUCCUGAGGAUGCAGGCACCUAUGUUUGUAUAGCAAAUGAUGAAAUAGGAACCACUUAUUCGACAAAAGUUCAAGUCUUCAGUGAUGAUACUCUUCGACAAACCAGUGUUUAUGGGAACCCUACAUUUUUACUUUCGCAGAACAACAGACCAUUGCCUAAUCUGAAUAUAGGCGGUUCGUUGGAACUACCUAUUCAAUCAGGGACUGUAGAGCUCUUAUGCGGAGUCCAGUCUUCUAAUCCUAAUGCCGUCUUUACCUGGUUGAAGGACGGACAAUAUCUCUCCAGGACACCUGUGUACUACAAAGACGAUGGCCGUGUGCUUGUUAUUCCAAACUUUACACCUGCUGACAGGGGGAAUUAUACAUGUGUCACUAAUGACGAAACAAUGCCAUCAUCAUCAUCCAUUCUGAAUUAUAUUUCACCUGACCUUGCUGAGGCUAAAUACGAGUCGCCCCAUUUAAAUCCUCUGGCCGGAAGGAAAGCUGUUCUGAUAUGUAGCAUUCCCAAUCUUCCUCCUAGAGUAGAUGUAUUCUGGGAGAAGAAUGGUCAGGCAUUUAAUACCCCAAAUAAAAGAAUAAAGUUCUUGGAUAACAAUCGUAAGAUUGAGUUCAGUGAAGUGUAUCCACAGGAUGCUGGCAGCUACACAUGUCGAGCUAAUGAUGGAUCUUUGAUGAAGUAUUCCACCGGAAUCUAUGUUUUUGAUCGGGAUCAAGAUAGAAGAGCAUCAGUUUAUGGUCCAUAUAUAGAAGACUGGCAACCAGGAUCGGAUAUCGGCCAAAUGACAGGUCAGCAGCCGACAGCCAUUAAUCCAGAUAUAAUGCUUGAACAACCAACGGUUGUCAAUCCAGAUGUAUUUGGUGAACAACCAACAGCUGUUAAUCCGGACACAAUGGGUCAACGGCCGGUAGCAAUUAAUCCAGACACAGUGGGUGAACAGCCAGUGCUUAUGAAUCCAAAUACAGUGGGUGAACAGCCAAUACUUAUCAAUCCAGACACGGUCGGUGAACAGCCAGUACUUAUCAAUCCAGACACAGUGGGUGAACAGCCAGUACUUAUCAAUCCAGACACAGUGGGUGAACAGCCAGUACUUAUCAAUCCAGACACGGUCGGUGAACAGCCGGUACUUAUCAAUCCAGACACAGUGGGUGAACAGCCAGUAUUUAUCAAUCCAGACACAGUGGGUGAACAGCAAGUAGCUCCAUUCCCAGGUGCAAGUGGUGAACAGCCGACCUCUCUCUAUCCAGGAUUAACACCUCCUCAAAGUAUUAUUCCUCAAGGUCAACCCAUGUCUUUGCCCAUCGACGCAGGUAGACUUUAUCUCCGUUGUGGUAUUCGAACAAAUAAUCCAAACACUAUAAUCCGCUGGUUGAAAGAUGGUCGCCCAAUCCAGAGGAAUCAACCAACGUACUAUAUGUUUAACGGAAGAAUACUAGUGCUAAUGGGGUUUUCUGCUUCUGAUUCAGGCCAAUACACCUGUGUGACUAAUGAUAGGACAAUGUCUUCUUCAUCUACAAGUCUUCAGUUUGAAAAUCCAGGUUCAGCAACAGCUGUAUAUGGUCCUCCAGCAUUGAAUCCACUCACUGGGGAUAAGGCAGAAAUCGUCUGCAAUAUUCCAAACUUAGCUCAAGGGGUUUCCGUGUCAUGGGAGAAGGAUGGUCAACCAUAUGACGUUCCCAGCACCAGAGUCCAGUUCCUUGACUUUAACCGUAGAAUUGUGUUUAGUUCAGUAUAUCCAGAGGAUGUCGGCAACUAUGUUUGUAUUGCAAAUGAUGAAAUUGGAACCACUUACUCGACAAAUGUAAACGUCUUCAACGAUGAUACUCUUCGACAGACCGAUGUUUAUGGAAAUCCUACAUUUUUGCUUUCACAGCUAGAUAAGCCCCUACCUAACCUGAACAUUGGAGGAACAUUAGACCUUCCUUUAGAAUCGGGGACAGCAGAGCUGUUAUGUGGAGUGCAGACAUCGAAUCCAAAUGCCGUCUUCACUUGGAUGAAAGAUGGACAACCUCUCACAAGGACACCAGUUUAUUAUCAGGACGAUGGUCGUGUGCUGGUCAUUCCAGACUUUUCACCUGCUGAUGAUGGAAAAUACACAUGCAUUGUAAAUGACAGAAUGAUGUCCACUUCUUCCACAGAUGUUAGAUACAUAAACCCAGGAAUGGCUUCAGCAGCAUAUAACACUCCGGAAAAGAACGCUGUGAUUAAUGACAAAGCUGAGAUUUAUUGUAACAUUCCAAACUUAGCCCCAGGAGUUCCUGUUUACUGGGAAAAAAAUGGUCAGCCAUUUGACUCUCCUGGCCCUAGAGUACAGUUCCUGAAUGAUAACCGUAAGAUUGAAUUCAGCUCCGUCUAUCCAGAAGAUGCUGGUAGCUACACGUGCACAUUAAAUGAUGGAUCAGGAAGAACCUAUACAGAUAUAUUAACACCACAUGCAACAAAUUCGGAAAGGGUAGAUGCAGUGUAUGGACCAAACAGACCAAGUGAAAUUCCAGACCUUUUGUCACCACAAACUAUACUUCCUAUAGUCCCAGACCAGCAAAAUACUAUUAAUCCAGAUACACUUGGUGAAAAGCCAACAGCUGUUUACCCAGACACAGGUGGUGAACAGCCCUCAUCUCUCUAUCCAGGAUUAACACCUCCUCAAAGUAUUAUUCCCCAAGGCCAGCCCAUGUCUUUGCCCAUCGACGCAGGUAGACUAUAUCUCCGUUGUGGUAUUCGAACAAAUAAUCCAAACACUGUAAUCCGCUGGUUGAAAGAUGGUCGCCCAAUCCAGAGGAACCAACCAACGUACUAUAUGUUUAACGGGAGAAUACUUGUACUGAUGGGGUUUUCUGCUUCAGAUUCAGGCCAAUACACCUGUGUGACUAAUGAUAGGACAAUGUCUUCUUCCUCUACAAGUCUUCAGUUUGAAAAUCCAGGUUCAGCAACAGCUGUAUAUGGUCCUCCAGCAUUGAAUCCACUCACUGGGGAUAAGGCAGAAAUCGUCUGCAAUAUUCCAAACUUAGCUCCAGGGGUUUCCGUGUCAUGGGAGAAGGAUGGUCAACCAUAUGACGUUCCCAACACCAGAGUCCAGUUCCUUGACUUUAACCGUAGAAUUGUGUUUAGUUCAGUAUAUCCAGAGGAUGUCGGCAACUAUGUUUGUAUUGCAAAUGAUGAAAUUGGAACCACUUACUCGACAAAUGUAAACGUCUUCAAUGAUGAUACUCUUCGACAGACCGAUGUUUAUGGAAAUCCUACAUUUUUGCUUUCACAGCUAGAUAAGCCCCUACCUAACCUGAACAUUGGAGGAACAUUAGACCUUCCUUUAGAAUCGGGGACAGCAGAGCUGUUAUGUGGAGUGCAGACAUCGAAUCCAAAUGCCGUCUUCACUUGGAUGAAAGAUGGACAACCUCUCACAAGGACACCAGUUUAUUAUCAGGACGAUGGUCGUGUGCUGGUCAUUCCAGACUUUUCACCUGCUGAUGAUGGAAAAUACACAUGCAUUGUAAAUGACAGAAUGAUGUCCACUUCUUCCACAGAUGUUAGAUACAUGAACCCAGGAAUGGCUUCAGCAGCAUAUAACACUCCGGAAAAGAACGCUGUGAUUAACGACAAAGCUGAGAUUUAUUGUAACAUUCCAAACUUAGCCCCAGGAGUUCCUGUUUACUGGGAAAAAAAUGGUCAGCCAUUUGACUCUCCUGGCCCUAGAGUACAGUUCUUGAAUGAUAACCGUAAGAUUGAAUUCAGCUCCGUCUAUCCAGAAGAUGCUGGUAGCUACACGUGCACAUUAAAUGAUGGAUCAGGAAGAACCUAUACAGAUAUAUUAACACCACAUGUAACAAAUUCGGAGAGGAUAGAUGCAGUAUAUGGACCAAACAGACCUAGUGAAAUUCCAGACACUUUGUCCGCCGAAACACCACAAACUAUACCUCCUAUAAGCGCAGUUGAUCCUAAUAAUGUCCCUGACCAGCAGAAUGUUAUUAACCCCGAUACAUUUGGUGAACAGCCAACAGCUAUUUACCCAGACACAGGUGGUGAACAGCCCUCAUCUAUCUAUCCAGGAUUAACACCUCCUCAAAGUAUUAUUCCCCAAGGCCAGCCCAUGUCUUUGCCCAUCGACGCAGGUAGACUAUAUCUCCGUUGUGGUAUUCGAACAAAUAAUCCAAACACUGUAAUCCGCUGGCUGAAAAAUGGUCGCCCAAUCCAGAGGAAACAACCAACGUACUAUAUGUUUAACGGGAGAAUACUGGUGCUGAUGGGGUUUUCUGCUUCAGAUUCAGGCCAAUACACCUGUGUGACUAAUGAUAGGACAAUGUCUUCUUCCUCUACAAGUCUUCAGUUUGAAAAUCCAGGUUCAGCAACAGCUGUAUAUGGUCCACCAGCAUUGAAUCCACUCACUGGAGAUAAAGCAGAAAUCGUCUGCAAUAUUCCAAACUUGGCUCCAGGAGUUUCUGUGUCUUGGGAGAAGGAUGGUCAACCAUAUGACGUUCCCAACACCAGAGUCCAGUUCCUUGACUUUAACCGUAGAAUUGUGUUUAGUUCAGUAUAUCCAGAGGAUGUCGGCAACUAUGUUUGUAUUGCAAAUGAUGAAAUUGGAACCACUUACUCGACAAAUGUAAAAGUCUUCGAUAAUGAUACUCUUCGACAGACAGAUGUUUAUGGGAAUCCUACAUUUUUGCUUUCGCAGCUUGAUAAACCCCUACCUAACCUGAAUAUUGGUGGAACACUAGACGUUCCUUUAGAAUCGGGUACUGCCGAGCUGUUAUGUGGAGUGCAGACAUCGAAUCCAAAUGCCGUCUUCACUUGGAUGAAAGAUGGACAACCUCUCACAAGGACACCAGUUUAUUAUCAGGACGAUGGCCGUGUGCUGGUCAUUCCAGACUUUUCACCUGCUGAUGAUGGAAAAUACACAUGCAUUGUAAAUGACAGAAUGAUGUCCACUUCUUCAACAGAUGUCAGAUACGAUAAUCCAGGAAUGGUUUCGGUUGCGUAUCAAACUCCUGAAAGGAACGCUGUGAUCGACCACAAAGCUGAAAUUUAUUGCAACAUUCCAAACUUAGCCCCAGGAGUUCCUGUUUACUGGGAGAAAAAUGGUCAGCCAUUUGACUCUCCUAGCCCGAGAGUACAGUUCUUGAAUGAUAACCGUAAGAUUGAAUUCAGCUCCGUAUAUCCAGAAGAUGCUGGUAGCUACACGUGCACAUUAAAUGAUGGAUCAGGAAGAACCUAUACAGAUAUAUUAACACCACAUGCAACAGAUUUGGAAAGGAAGGAUGCAGUGUACGGGCCGAACAGAAUUGGGGAAAUUCCAGACACAUUGCUUGCUGAACCCCAACAACCAACAGGCAUGACACCUGAACCAACGGAAACAUUGCCUAGCGAUCCAUCACUAACUUCAGAUAAAAUUAAUCCAGACGUUGUAUCUGGACCAUCAGAAAUAUAUCCCACAGAUCCAAAUCAACCACCGGAGUCUAUUAUUCCAGGCACAGCACCAACACCCUCAGAGAUAUACCCGGGAGAUCAAAAUGAACAACCAGCUGGUAUUAAUCCAGACUUGGUACGUGCGCCAUUAGACGUCUUACCUGUGGAUCCAGCUAAACCAACAGAGACCAUAAAUCCAGAUGUGGUACCUUCACCACAAGAUGUAUACCCCAUGGAUCCAAAUCAACCACCGGAGACUAUGAAUCCUGACAUGGUACCUAGACCAUCUGACAUAUACCCUACAGAUAUAGCACAACCCCCAGAUGCUAGAAAUGUAGACAUUUUCCCGACGCCUUCAGACAUAAGCCCAGUAGAUCCAAAUCAACCGCCAGGAUCCAUAAAUCCAGAUAUGGUACCCGGACUUCCUAAUGUGUAUCCUAGGGAUCAAAAUCAACCAGCGGAGGCAAUAAAUCCAGAUAUAGUACAAAGACCAUCUGAUCUAUAUCCUAGAGACCUAAAUCAACCGCCGGCCGACAUAAAUCCGGAUAAAAUGCCUAUACCAUCAGAUAUAUACCCUAGGGAUCCAAAUCAACCGUCGGAGGGUAUAAAUCCAGACUUAGUACCUAGGCCAUCAGACAUAUACCCUAGAGAUCAAAACCAACCCUUAGAUGCUACAAAUCCAGACAUGGUACCAAGACAACCAGACCUAUUCCCUAGAAAUCAAAAUCAACCACUGGAUACCAUCAAUCCGGAUAUUUUACCUAGGCCAACAGGUAUAUACCCCAGGGAACCAAACCAACUACCAGAGGAUAUAAAUCCAGAUAUUGGUCCCCUUGUUGAUACAAACCCAAACGACUUAAAUCCAAAUAGACAAGCGCCAUCACCAAUAGCUACACUCCCUGAAUCAGGCAUUCCCUCACGUCCUCGUUCCUUUAACUUCCCCAUGGCUGCUCCUCCUCCUCCCCCUCCACCAGAUUCAGGUGUUACUGAUACAGACCAACCUCAAGUUGACGAAACUCUGCCUAGAAUCCCGUCAGCUCGGACCGAUAUUUUGCCUCAAGCACCACAGCCUUUAACCGUCACAGCAAAUGAAGGAAGUCCUUUUGCACUGAAAUGCAAUACAGAGUGGUAUCCAGGGGACAGGAUCACAUGGAACAAAAAUGGUCAACCUAUAGAAUUUUCUUCACCUAAUGCACCUAUUGUGCCAGGGAGCCCAGACAACGAAGGCUUUAUUGAUCCGGAGCAAAUCGAGAAAGCUGAGGGAGAAGUUUUUACACUGAAAUGUAAAAUCCCUAAUAUAAAGGAAACUGACAGCAUAUCAUGGUUCAAGAACAAUAACCCAAUAAUGUCAUCAGCAAGAAGACGUCUCAGCUCAAUGGGUAUUGCUUUUAAUCCCUUGACUAUGUCUGACGGCGGAUCCUAUUUCUGUUUGAGGAAUAAUGACCUCGGUUCAACAUAUUCGGCGGAUCUGACAGUGUUACCCACAGAUUCAACACCAGUUUCUCCUGUUUCCAGUCGACAGGAUCCUUUUCCACCUCCAACAGACCCGGAAGUUAGGAGACCAAACGCUUUUGUAUUUGAACCAAGGAAGCCAGGAAUGCCUUCUAUUCCAGGAGGUCCCACACAACCGCAGACUAAGUCCAUAUCACCGAUUCCGGGACCUCAGACUGAUCCAAUUCCGCGGAUCCCUGGAUCGCGGAUUGAUCCAGUUCUGCCAAUCCCUGGAUCUCAGAUUGAUCCUGUUCCGCCGAUCCCUGGGCCACAGACUGAUCCUUUUCCUCCUAUCCCUGGAUCUCAGAUUGAUCCAAUUCCGCCGAUCCCUGGAUCGCGGAUUGAUCCAGUUCCGCCAAUCCCUGGAUCUCAGAUUGAUCCUGUUCCGCCGAUCCCUGGGUCACAGACUGAUCCUUUUCCUCCUAUCCCUGGAUCUCAGAUUGAUCCAAUUCCACAAAAUCCUCGAUCUCAAGGUUCAUCCAUUCUUUCCGAUGUAGAGGUAUCACCAGGGCAUUUCCGACCCUCAGAGGGAACCCCGUUUAUCUUAGAAUGUGGAGGCGGAAUAAAUCCAGAUUCCGCUGGAACUGUUAGGUGGAUUAAAGAUGGCAGGGCUGUAGAUAAGGACGUCCGUCAAGACAGAAACGGAAACCUCGUGUUUAAUCCAACCAUCUUGUCUGACAGUGGAUACUAUACAUGUAUGUCCACCAAUCAGAGAAAGGUUUACAAUGCUGCCGUAGAUGUUUUACCUGAGAACAUCAAUGAUUUCCUUCUGAGUGAGAAGAAUAAAAAUCCAGAGGAUAGACUUCCAAUGCUGGAGUACUACAGACCUCUGUCAACAUCGUUAUUCAAUCUUACCUGUAACAUUACUGGAGCAGAUUACCGACAACCAAUUACAUGGACCAAAGAUGGUCAACCGCUAGAUCUUUCAAAACCUUCAAUGCUUCAACUUGGAGACAGAGGUCGAACUCUUACAUUCCCAUCAAUUCUUCCUGAUCAGUCAGGAAUGUACAGAUGUCAGAUAGGACAAGACGACAAGGCGGCAAUUAUUGAUGUCAGACCCGAAAGUGUCCAAGAGUACUUGCUUUUAAGUGAGCUAAAUGACAGAACACCCAAUGCGGUGCUGCCAAACAGGGAACAGCUGCCAUACUUACAGCUGCCUAAUACAGAGAACACCCCAAAGCUCAUUGUAACGGACAGUGGUUCUUCCACUCUCAUUCCAUGUGAUUCUGGUUUUAAUGUCGAUCCUAAUGCACCAGUUUCCUGGUACAAGGACGGUGUUCUUUUGUCAUCGGAACCUGGAGUGGAGUUGCGGACAGAGGGUUUGUUUCUUACCAAUCCCAUGCUCUCUGACACGGCUUUAUACACAUGUGUUCUCGGUGAUGGCGAAGCAUCAUCUUCCACCAGGCUGAUUGUCAACGAACCUAGAUCAUAUCCAGAAACAUGUGAAGAUAGCGAUGGGAAAGUAUUCCCAGAAGGAGAGACAUACGCUCCAGAUCUUACAAAGCCUUGUGAAGUAUGUACAUGUUCCCGUGGAAAUCCAGUAAAUUGCAAUCAAAUGAUGUGUGAUGCUCCUCCAUGUCCAAAUUAUGAACUUAUUGAAGGCACAUGCUGUGGAUUCCGAUGCUUAGACACACCAGGUGAGCCACAACCUCCUUUUACUCCCAUCGAACCUGAACCUCCAAUUAGGCCUCCUGUCAAUGAAAAUCCAGAUCGACGGUUAACUGAGUCCGUAUCUCCUUUUAGAGGCGUUCCUCCUCUACCUCCCCCUCCUCCGCCUUACUUUGAGGAACCUGAUCCGGAUCCAAUGGGGAUAAAUCCAAUGGAUGCUCUUCCAGCAACUACAGAUUUUAAGACACGGCAACCACCUCAACCUAGGCGAAUUUCAAAAACUCCCUAUGAGGAGGAAAUUUCUCCAGGACAUUUCCGGCCAACAGAGAGGACCAUGUUUAACUUAAAGUGUCGUAUUCCUUCGGCUAAUGGAAGAGUUAUCUGGAUGAAAGAUGGAAGACCACUCAGAAAUGCAAUACAACAAGGUGUAAGGGGAAACCUGGUAUUUGAUUCCGUUAGGAUGCGUGACAGUGGAAUAUAUACAUGCUUAUCUGAUGAUUACAAACAUAUAUACAAUGCUGCCGUAGAUGUAUUGCCAGAAAAUAUUAAUGAUUUUGUGCUGAGUGAGAGGAACACAAAUCCAAAAGAUAGACUCUCUACUAUCGAUUAUCACAGACCCAUGUCAAAUACUCCCUUUGAUCUUAACUGUAACAUACCUGGAAUGGAUAACAGACUCCCAGUGAUGUGGAAGAAAGAUAAUCGACCUUUAGAUCUCUCCAAACCCAUGUCUCUCCGAAUCACAGAUAGGGGUCGAACUCUAAGAUUCCCCUCAAUUCUGCGCGCUCAGUCUGGAGUCUAUAGUUGCCAGAUAGGGGAUGUAGAUAGAACAGCAAUUGUAGAUGUCAGACCAGAAGAGGUACAAGAAUACCUGCUUUUAAGUGAAUUGGAUGAUAGAACACCCAAUGCAAUACUACCGAAUCGCGAUCAACUGCCAGCACUGAGCUUGCCAUCUGAGAGUGAUCCUAAAUUAGUAGUGGCUCCCUCUGGAGCUCCAACACAAAUUAUGUGUGAAGCUCAACAAAAUAUGGAUCCUAGUCUGCCUGUAAUCUGGUUUAGAAACGGCGAGUUGGUUUCUCAAUCACCCUCGCUAGUAUUUAAUCCUAGAGGUUUGCUAUUCACUUCCGUUCAAGCACCUGACUCUGGACUGUACACAUGCGUUGUAGGUGAAGGAGAAGCAACUUCGUCGACGAGACUGGUGGUCACUAGUCCUGAUUCUGUUGAUCCACUGCAACCAAGUCCAAUUGACCCGAUAAAUAGGCAAGUGCCUCCUGUCCCUAUCGAUAGAUCAUUGCCUAUUGACCCUCUCGAUAGGUCAGUGCCCCCUGGCCUAAUUGAUGGGCCAGUACCUACUAGCCUGAUCGAGAGGCAGUUGCCUCCAGAACCGACCGAUGGCUUAAAUCAAAUAUCACCAUAUCCAAAAGGCAGUGAACCAUCCCUAACAGAUUCACAAGGCCCAUACACUCUGCCAAAUCUAGAGAUUCCAAGGCAGAUAGAUAAUCAGCUGAUUGGACCAGAAGUGCCUUCAGAUCCAGAUGCAACGACACUUCUAAGUCAAGUUAACCCAGAUACUGGAAAUCUAGAACCGAUACAACGACCACCAGAUCAACCGGACAUCAAUUUCCUCCCCCCUAUAGCUCCAGUACCACCAUUAGAUAGCACUAUCAGGCGCGCAGAUAGGCUACCUACAAAUGUUCGCCCAGGUCCAAUUGGAUUGAGUCCAGAAGACACGGCACCGAGGGAAAUGUCACCCCAGAGGCCUUUUGAUGGUGGGCGUUCGGAAAUCUCCUCCCUUGGUGGUAUAAUCGAACAGUUCUUUUAUCCUCGGAUCUCACAAAACUUUAGGCUUCCUUGCAAUGUUAGAGGACUUACACCUCGUACACCCGUUGUUUGGUACAAAGAUAAUCGCAGAUUCCAACCUGAGUCUGGUCGAGUCCGCAUAGUUGGCAAUGCGAUUGUGUUCCAGCCAGCUCUAGCUGAGGAUAGUGAUAGUUAUGUAUGUGUCAGACCAGACACAAUGCAAUCAGUACGGGCUCAGCUUUAUGUCAAUGGUGAUGAACCACCACCGGGAAUACGUGACGAACGAGUUUCCCCGAGAAGUGAUGGAAGUCUUGUGCAGCAUUUUUACUACCCGUCCUCUGCAGAAUUAUUUGAGCUUCGUUGUGACUUAAGAUCUGGUGAUAACAGAAUUCCAAUUCGAUGGUUCAAGAAUGGACGAAGAUUCCAAAUACCGGAUGAUAGACCUGUAUCUUUACUCAAUAACAAUCGUGUUAUACGUUUUAGUUCAAUUUCCCCGAGGGACAAUGGUCAGUACACAUGUAUUGCUGGGAAUAAUUUGGCAACCAUCUCCUCCGAAAUCAUUGUUACAAGUCCAGGAAUGACAUUUAAUCCCAGAGACAGAAAAAUAUCCUUAAGCAGCAGUGACAAGGAUGCAUUGCUUCAGUUUACAGGCACCCAGGGAUUUUCUAACAAAUAUUUCCCUAUUGUACGUAGACCGUUCAUAUUAAACUGCACUGCAGCAAUAGACACUCCUUCUCUACCCGUGUCUUGGCUGAAAAACGGGGUUCCGUUCACCCCUGAUAGAAGAAGGACAUUUACCCAAUCCAAUUCUAUUGUAUUUACAUCAAUCAUGCCGGAUGACAGUGGUCAUUAUACAUGUAUUGUCGGUGACAACGAAGACAGUGAGAAUCUCAUCGUCGACGUCAUUUUCCAUGAUAUGGGUUCCGAAAACAACACCCCGGGUCGUCCGAUAUUACAGCGGCGAUAUAUUUUGACAUGUGGUAUAUCAAAUUUACGACCUAACACACAAAUUUCCUGGUUUAAAGAUGGGCAACCUUUUAUUGCCAAUUCUGAGCGAGUGAGAUUCAUAGACAGCAGAAGUUCUGUCUUGUUUACAUCUCUCUCGGAGGAAGAUAAUGGAGAAUAUAUGUGUGUAGCGAAUUUCGGAACAAGCCAAGCCUCGUAUACAACAACACUUAGGGCAGCACAAGAGAGAUUACAUGAAAUAAUAACUGUUCCCGUUGCUCCAAAGGAACACCGGGCUACUUUAGCGGAGAGAUAUGUACUGAUUUGUGCUCUUCCGUCUGUGAGCACUACAAAUCCCCCAAUUUGGUUUAAGAAUCGAAAACCAUUUAAUCGUAGGAACGCCCGAGGCAACGUGUCUUUUAGAGGAAAUUCUCUGAUUUUCAAUACAAUAACAGAAGCCGAUCAAGGAGUGUACACAUGUUCGACUCCAGACGGAGGAGAUCAGUAUACCACCGACUUAGUUGUUGUUCCAAGGAUGUACACCCCAACAGAGGGUUCAAUGUUAACAAUCCGUUGUCAAAUACCCGAUGUCAAUCCAGGAAGACGAGUAUCAUGGGAAAAAGAUGGCCAACCUUUACCCCAAAUGAGUUCUAGAACGAUGACCUUUUCUGACGACGGUCGGACUAUAACUUUUACGCCCGUUACUCCAAGAAAUGAUGGUCUGUAUCAAUGUGUUAGUGAAGAUGGUCGGAUAUAUCCUUUGACAAUCAAAGUAAAGCCGACCAUGCUGUUCCCACAAAGCAAAACAAGUUUUGUUUUGGACUGUGCUCUUCAAAACAUGAAUUCUCGGAGAAUGGUUGUUUGGCUGAAAGAUGGUGAAGUUUUCAGACCUAAUCUAGACAGAAUAUCAUUUAAUGUGGCAGAUGGAGUCAGACAGAUUGUCUUUGAUCCCCUCCUACCGGAAGAUUCUGGAAGGUAUACUUGUGUUGGCCCUGAUAGAGACCGAUACAUGGUGAAUGUUAUUGUGGAUGGAAGAACAGCAGCACGACGUAAUGUCCAACCAACAAUUACACAGGCAUUCAGACUUACCUGUGAUAUCCCCUUCCUUGAUUCAUCAACUCCAGUGUAUUGGCUAAAGGGCCAGCAACUCUUCACUCCUCCACGAGAAGAUGUUAAGUUUGAAGAUGGAAACAAUGUUAUCGUGUUCGAGUCUGUUAUGCCUGAAGAUUACGGAAAGUAUACAUGUGUAACUGCAGAUGGUGGUGAAUACUAUACAGUAAAUAUGGAUGUUAAAAGUGGUCCAGGACAUAGACGAGUAACAAUAGGUGUAACGGAUAGACCGGUGUCCACGAUACCAGCGAGAACUACCUAUAAGUUAUUUUGUCGGAUUCCAAAUCUUGAGCCAACAGAAAAAGUUGUUUGGUUGAAGAAUGAACAGGUAUUCCUACCAUCAGGGAGUCGAAUAAGGUUUAGUCCACGGGGUCGGGUAGUCACGUUUUCAACCCUUUUGGAACAGGAUUCAGGGAUGUACUCCUGUGUAUCAGAAUUAUCAGGAACCACAAUAUCUCAGAUCUUAGAUGUUGGAAAGCCAAUAUAUCCAGAUGACUAUAAACUGGAGGUAUCACCUGAUUACUAUCGUCCUGUGGAGACCAAGCCCUUUAUUCUUCAGUGCAGGUUGCCAUACUCCUCUGGUCGAGUGUUUUGGAUGAAGAAUGGAUCUCUUUUUAACCCACAGCAGUCUCCAUCAAUUUCUCAGAAUGACCGACUUAGAAGACUAGAGUUUGAGAACAUUAUGCCAGGAGACAGUGGUUUGUAUGUGUGUUUGUCAGAGGACCACAAUGGAAUCUAUUCAGCUGGAGUGGACGUCCUUCCAUACAAUAUUUAUGAAUACAUAUCAUCAUUGGGACCUCCUGACAGACAAGGAUCACUACCAGGUUCUGAACUUCCAGGAAAUUUAGACUACGUAAGGAUUCCAGCAGGUGUUGCAUACAAUCUACUCUGCAAUAUUACUAACUCACCAGGACCAAAAGCAUGGAGCAAAGAUGGUGUUAUAUUACGACCCUCUGCUCCGGGCGAUACAAACCGAUUUUUGUCAUUCGACUCAAUUACAAAAGCUGAUUCAGGCGUUUAUACAUGCCAGUCAGGGAAUCAAGAGUAUACAGUUUUAGUCGACGUUGUUCCUCGAAACGUUCAAGAAUACUUUCUUCUGAGUGAACGUCCGGACGAGAAGCCAAGUUUGAGGCUUCCAGAUGCAAUGCCUGAAAAACCUCGACUUUCACUGCCGAAUUCAAUUGAUCAAAAGUUACGUUAUACGAGACCGGGGCAGCCUUUUGCUAUAAUUUGUGAUAUUCCACCACAAAAUCAGCCUGUCAGAUGGUACAGAGAUGGCUUGUUAUACACUCCUAAUCGCCCUGAUGUUCAGGUGUUUGACAGGAUGAUACAAUUUGGACAGGUUACAGAAAACGAUCAAGGUGUGUAUUCCUGUGUAGCAGGCGAUGGAGACGCAAUAUCCUCUACAAGACUUAUCGUGAAUCCUCGCCAUACAACAGUGACGGUCAAUGUAGCUGAAAGGGAAAAUCCAGAGACUUACGCUUUCACAAGAUUCCAGCUAACCUGCAAUAUUCCUCUGUUGAAUCCAGAGGAACAAGUCGCAUGGAUGAAAGGCAAUCAGCUGUUCAUACCACCUGUUGAUAGAAACAUACAGUUCUCACCAAAUGGUCGAACUAUCACAUUUGACCCCAUUCUACAGGAAGACAGUGGCACAUACACUUGCAUAUCAGAAAGAACCGGGGCCCAAGUUUCACAACUUGUCAAAGUUAACCCACCUAUCUAUCCAGAUUACUACAGAGAGGAAGUGUCCCCUGGAUACCACCGACCUGUGGAAACCAAGCCAUUCAUUCUUAGAUGCCCUGGAGCGGGGGCACCUGUGACUUGGAUUAAAGACGGACUACCUCUUACAAAAAAUCAGCAACGCAUUUCAUUCUCCAGUGGUGACCGACAAAUAAUUUUCAACAGCGUGAGGAGGGAAGAUAGUGGUUACUAUGUGUGCAUAGCUAUGAAUGGAAGAAUUCUUCAUCUUUCUGCUGUUGACGUUGUACCUUUGUCCGUUUAUGAUUACCUGAUGGCUUUGGGUCCCCCGGAAAGACAGGGAAACCAACUUCUUAACCUCCCAUCAAAUCUCAACUACUUAAGACCUUUGUCCGGUGAUAUGCUUGAGAUUUUCUGUAAUGUCUCAAAUUCUGCACUAACACAACCAAUCAGCUGGACCAAAGAUGGAACCCUAUUACCUGACCAAAAUAGUCAGUUCCUUUUGUUCCCGUCUGUGACAGAGGAAGACGGUGGUUUGUAUACCUGUAUGGCAGGGAAUGAAGAGUACAAUGCAUUGGUUGACGUCAAACCAAGGAACGUGCAAGAAUAUCUUCUUCUAAGCGAUACACAGGAUAAAAAACCAACAUUGUUACUACCUGAUGCCGCUGAGGAAAAACCAUUAUUAUCUCUCCCCCUCGAUGCACGGGAGAGACUAAGGAUACAAACCCGUCCUCCGGGUGUUGGUUAUGUCUUGGUGUGUAACUUGCCAUCUUACAUUCCCUACCAAGCUCCAAUUAGGUGGUACAAGAAUGGCGAAGCCUACAAUAUCCCCCCUAAUUCUAGGCGGGUAUCAGUGAUUGAUAACGGACGGGUUCUGAGAUUUGAGUCAUUAAGAGAAGAGGAUUCUGGCCUGUACACAUGUGUGGCAGGAAACAACCUAGCUCUGUAUGCCUCCAGAAUUAUUGUAGCUCCAGAUGUUAGGAAUGAACAACUUACCAUAGGAGUUAGAAAUAGGGAAAACAAUGUACAAGUUAACCAGGACUUUACAUUGAUUUGUGGAAUUACACCAAUGAAUCCUAACAUGCCAGUCGUUUGGUUGAAGAAUGGGCGAGCGUUCUCUUCCUUCGAUCCAUCUAGAGUAAUGGUUAUGGGUAGAAAUAUUACAUUUUCACCUGUUCUUCCUGUUGAUCAAGGCCGCUACACGUGUAUGGCUAUUGACAACUCAGCAUCAUUUACCUCAGUACUAAAUGUCUUAGCAAGAGGGGCAAGAGCGGAGGAUUCACAGUUACUGAACAUCUGGCAGCAGCAGUUUACACCUCUCGGUCUAGGGGCUUAUGAGCUGACCUGUGUCAUGCCUCCAACAGUUGACCCCUCUGUCCCUGUAAUCUGGAUGAAGAAUGGCCGUCGUAUGACGAGAGAUGAUACUGGUAGAAUAAGCUACACUGAUGGAAAUAGAAGAAUGAUAUUUUCGGAAUUGAGUCCAGAAGACAGAGGGUGGUAUACAUGUGUUGCACUGGAUAACUCUGCCUCUUAUACAUUGUCGCUGGUGGUAGAUCUAGAUAGGAAUACAGAAACAGACACCGUUGGAACGGCUCUGCGAGUAAAUAAUCGGCUAUUAGGAAUGGAGUAUGAGCUCAGAUGUUUACUACCAGAUCCAGAAAAGCCAGUAUUUUGGAUCAAAAACGGAGAACCCUUUGGAGCUGAUCAAGCUGGUCGCAUCAGUUUCUUUGAUAGAAAUCACGUGGUUCGAUUCAGUAGCCUUCGUCCUGAAGACAAUGGAUAUUACAUGUGCCGUUACGAGGAUGGCUCAAUGACAUACAGCACGGCUAUCAGAGUUGUAGGAGGGCCAAGCGGCGCUGGACUAAGAAAUAUAAGAAACUUUUACCUUAUGCAACUUGGUGGGAAAUUUGAGCUUCGCUGUGCAAUCCAGGCUAUGAAUCCAAAUUUCCGGGUUAUAUGGCUGAAAAACGGUCAAUUAUAUGACCCUCCAGCAUCCAGGGCUAUAUCCUUUACCAAUGGAAACAGCAGAAUCAUUUUUGACGAUUUGCGAGAAGAUGAUGCGGGUUUCUACACUUGUAUUAGUGGAGGAAACCGCUACUCCACACGCCUCUAUAUGAAGAAGCCCGUUAUUCAGGGUGGAACGGGAUGUAUAGCGCAGUGUGGUACUACAGCAAGCUCAUGUACAAUUCAGCUUAAUUGUACAAAAUAUAUGACAUGCGAAGUAAAUGGGGAAACCUGUGACUGUCGCACCAUGAUGUGUCAGUUUGGAACUUUCUGGAACCCAGACGCCAUGAGAUGCACAUCAAUCAGAAGCACUACCUGUGGAACAGAUCCUUGCCUUUUCCACCCUCCACGGUACACCUAUCCAAGUGAAUACAACUGUCGUAGUUUUUACCGCUGUUCCAACAAUAGGAAAUCUAUUCCUAUGUGCUGUAGGGCGUUUUUUAAGUACGAUCACAGAACUGGAUCCUGUCAGCCAGACAAUGGUUGUUCAAUAGAGUGUACAAAGAGACAGAUUAUAGCUGCUGACCCGACUGUAAAACUAAUGACCGUUCGUCCUCCUGGCGGUGUAUGUUUCCUGGAACCUAUUCCUGAUGAUCCUGGAAGGUACUACAACAGGGCUUCAGGUACAACAGAGCCAUGUCCCCCGGCAACAGUCUUUAGAGCAGAAUCCUGCGUAUGCGAGAACUCUCUUACUCUAACUCAUGUCCAUGAGAAAACAUCCGCUCUUAUCAGAGAAUGCCAUCCGCUGCUUCAGCUGUCCUUUGAAAAAGGAAUCAGAAACAUCUCUCCACACGCAGUUUACACAGAGAUAACAGACGUGAACACCACAGUAUCUCGUAGACCUAAAGUUUCUGUCGGUACUUUCAAUGGCAGAACUUCAGAAAUUUCGACACCACGUUUUGUAAGGGAUGAAAUUGAGGAAUUAUUUGUCACGUUGAAUUUCUUGGAGAAGGAUGGUAGUGAUCAUCAAGUAUUGUUCUCAAACUGCCGUGCUCUUGCCACUCCCUACAAAGUACCGGGAAUCCCGGGCUUAAGGACAUCUUCUGCAGAAAUAUUGCUGGACAAAAGAAAACAAGAAAUUAUUUUUAUAGGCAAAACAGACGAUCCACGGAUCAACACCGCCAUAGUUAGAGUACCAUACACUCCAAAUCAGUGGAACAAAGUAGAACUGAUGUUUGAUGGAUAUCGAUUAAGGGGUGUCGUGACGACAGAUAAGAAUGGUGUCCCUGUGCGACAGUUUGCUGUAGAACCACUCGUGGGACGAUUAAUUCCAUCUGAAGAUAUGACGUCACUGGGUAGAUGUUCUGACAAAGACGCUUUCCGGGGUUUCAUGGACAAGGUAAUUGUUUCAAAUUGCAUUCCAAAAGGAUGAUGACAUUAUUAAAAUGAUUAAAUAGAAGUUUGUUGUUAUAUAAAGUGAUGUAUAGAUUGCUGUUAUUAUACAUUCCAUUGUCAUUUGUAACUCUAUAUGCUCACACACAGUCAUCAGCCACACAGACUUAUCAUUGAGUUGUCAGUCUCCAUAUUUGUUUCUAAUUUUUUUCCAUUAAAAUUUAAUAAAAUAGAAGAACAUA